GUUUGGGGAGAGGUGUCCCACACCAGAUGCUGAGCCCUGCAGGUGACUGGCCCAAGAGUAGCAGGGGCCCGUGACGGCCACUCCAACGUCUGAAGCCAUGGCCAGUGGGGAAGGCGAGCGGAGGAACUGUGCGGUGUGCGGGGACCGAGCCACAGGCUACCACUUCCAUGCCCUGACUUGUGAGGGCUGCAAGGGUUUCUUCAGACGAACCGUCACCAGAAGCACUGGUCUCACCUGCCCCUUUGCUGGACGCUGUGAGGUCAACAAGAUCCAGAGACGUCACUGCCCAGCCUGCAGGUUGCAGAAGUGCCUGGAUGCUGGCAUGAAGAAGGACAUGAUCCUGUCGGCAGAGGCCUUGGCGCUGCGGCGAGCAAAGCAGGCCCAGCGGCGCGCGCAGCGAGCACCCAGCCAGCUGAGCGACAAGCAGAAAGAGCUGGUCCGGACUCUCCUGGGGGCCCACACCCGCCACGUGGGCACCAUGUUUGACCAGUUUGUGCAGUUCAGGCCUCCCGCUCAUCUGUUCGUCCGCCACCAGCAUUUGCCCGUCUCGGUCCCCGUACCGCCUCUGCUGACGCACUUCGCAGAGAUCAACACCUUCAUGGUGCAGCAAAUCAUCAAGUUCACCAAGGAUCUGCCCCUCUUCCGGUCCCUGCCCAUGGAGGACCAGAUCUCCCUUCUCAAGGGAGCGGCUGUAGAGAUCUGCCAUAUCGCCCUCAACACCACCUUCUGCCUCCAAACACAAAACUUCCUCUGUGGGCCACUCCACUACGCGAUAGAGGACGGAGCCCACGUGGGCUUCCAGGGACAGUUUUUAGAGCUGCUCUUCCACUUCCACGGGACCCUGAGACGACUCCAGCUCCAGGAGCCCGAACAGGCCUGGGGUUACCCGGAGGGAACAGAUCGAUCAUCUGCAAGAGGUGAUGGCACUGACCCUGCAGAGCUACAUCGAAGGCCAGCAGCCAAGGCCUGGGAGUCGAGAUGCAAAGUAGGAGCUGGCAGGCUCUGUAUAACAGCAUUCCUGAGAUUGAUGACAUCCACUCUCUCACCCGUCCACUCUCCAGGCUCAAGCAGCCGGCCAAGUCUCUCGUUCGCUCUCUUUCCUUGGCCCUUCCCCUUCUCUCCGUUGGGCCCAUUAAUGUUUCAUUCAUUCCCCCUUGAAGUCAGGGUCGUUCAGUUUCAUGGCCCAGGCCGGUCCCCUGGCCCAAAAGUCCGUGAUCUACUCAGGCUCUGAGGGACACUCCCCU